UCCCAGCAUGCUCAGCCCAUGGCUGUAUCCAGCGCCCGCGUCCCUAGCUGCCCGGUCACCCGAUAGCACCCUCCAGCUGCUGUUUAUGGGCACAGGUCUAUGAAGGUACCUAGUGCCCAGGACUGUCCCAGCCUUCCCGUCCCAUGUCCCACAACACGCCGUGCUGACAGCUCCCGGCUCCGAGGCGAUUGGCUCCAGCGUCUCCAAGGCGCACACCGCUGCUAUCUCCGAGUCCCCUACUUCCCAGCAGUGACGUCACUCCCAGGAUGCAGCGCGCAGCUGUCAGUGCAGGAAGAUGGCGGAGGGCGGAGUGGUUGAUCUGGACACUCAGAGAUCCGAAGUGUCAGCGCUGUUGAAAACCCCUCUCCGGAGAGGAGACACCUGGUACUUGAUUGAUAGCCGCUGGUUCAAGCAGUGGAAGAAAUAUGUGGGCUUUGACAGCUGGGACAAGUACCAGAUGGGAGAUCAGAAUGUGUAUCCAGGUCCCAUUGAUAAUUCAGGACUCCUUAAAGUCUCUUUCACAGAUACUGAUACACAGUCUCUCAAGGAGCACCUUAUUGAUGAGCUGGAUUACAUUCUGUUGCCUACUGAAGGCUGGAACAAGCUUGUUAGCUGGUACACAGUUAUGGAGAGUCAGGAACCCAUAGCUCGAAAGGUUGUUGAACAGGGUAUGUUUGUAAAGCACUGCAAAGUCGAAGUUUACCUAACUGAAUUAAAGCUGUGUGAGAAUGGCAAUAUGACCAAUGUGGUAACAAGAAGAUUUAGUAAAGCUGACACUAUAGAUAUGAUUGAGAAGGAGAUGAGAAAAAUCUUCAAUAUUCCAGAUGAAAAAGAGACCAGACUGUGGAACAAAUAUAUGAGCAAUACAUUUGAACCUCUAAAUAAACCUGAAAGCACUAUACAGGAUGCUGGAUUGUACCAAGGGCAGAUGCUAGUAAUAGAACAAAGGAACCAAGAUGGUCAGUGGCCAAGAGGUUCAGUGCCGAAUGUGAAAAAUUCAAACUAUUGCCUACCUUCAUAUGCUGCCUACAAGAACUAUGAAUACUCUGAGCCAGGAAGACACAAUGAGCAACCGGGACUUUGUGGCUUAAGUAACCUGGGGAACACUUGUUUUAUGAAUUCUGCAAUUCAGUGUUUGAGCAAUACUCCACCACUAACUGAGUACUUCCUUAAUGAUAAGUAUCAAGAUGAGUUAAACUUGGACAACCCUUUAGGUAUGAGAGGAGAAAUCGCCAAGUCUUACGCAGAUCUCAUCAAGCAAAUGUGGUCAGGGAAAUACAGCUACGUAACUCCCAGAGCAUUUAAGACUCAGGUAGGCCGAUUUGCACCUCAGUUUUCUGGUUAUCAACAACAGGAUUGCCAGGAACUACUCGCUUUCUUAUUAGAUGGCUUACAUGAAGAUUUAAAUCGAAUAAGAAAGAAGCCUUAUAUCCAACUCAAGGAUGCAGAUGGGAGGCCGGACAAGGUAGUUGCUGAAGAGGCCUGGGAGAACCAUAUAAAAAGAAAUGACUCCAUUAUUGUUGAUAUAUUUCAUGGUUUAUUUAAAUCCACCUUAGUUUGUCCUGAAUGUGCUAAAAUUUCUGUGACUUUUGAUCCUUUUUGUUACCUAACACUUCCACUACCAAUGAAAAAAGAACGCACGCUGGAAGUAUAUCUUGUUAGAAUGGAUCCCCUUGCCAAACCAAUGCAGUACAAAGUAGUUGUUCCAAAGAUUGGAAACAUUAUGGACCUUUGCACAGCCCUUUCUUCACUAUCUGAUAUUCCACCAGAGAAGAUGGUGGUCACAGAUAUUUACAAUCAUAGAUUUCAUAGGAUAUUUGCUAUGGAUGAAAACUUGAGUAGCAUUAUGGAGCGUGAUGAUAUUUAUGUAUUUGAGACAUCCAUUAAUAGGACAGAAGAUACAGAGCAAGUUAUAAUUCCUAUUUAUUUGCGAGAAAAGUUUCGCCAUACCAGUUACAGCCAUCACCAUGGAUCAACGUUGUUUGGCCAACCUUUUCUUUUAACAGUGCCUAGAAACAUCACUGAGGAUAAGCUGUAUAACUUGCUUUUAGCAAGAAUGUGCCGAUAUGUAAAAAUCACAAACGACAGUGAGGAAAAUGAUGGCCCUUUACACUGUAAUAAAGAACAUACUAUAAAUGGGAAUGGCCCAAAUGGUAUCCAUGAAGAGGGUUCCCCAAGUGAAAUGGAGACGGAUGAACCCGAUGAUGAGUCCAGCCAAGAUCAGGAGCUUCCUUCAGAGAAUGAGAACAGCCAGUCAGAAGACUCUGUUGGAGGCGAUAAUGACUCCGAAAAUGGACUGUGUGAAGAAACAUGCAAAGGACAAUCAGUCACAGGACAGAGGAAACGCUUGUUUACAUUCCAGUUUACUAAUUUGGGCAACACUGACAUCAGUUACAUCAAAGACGACACUCGAUACAUCAGAUUUGAUGACAGACAACUCAGGCUAGAUGAAAGCUCCUACCUUGCCUUGGACUGGGAUCCCAAAAUGAAAAAAAAGUUCUUUGAUGAAAAUGCAGCAGAGGACUUUGAAAAGCACGAAAGUGUGGAUUUUACUCCCCAGAAAAAGUCCUUCAUGAAAUUAAAAGAUUGCAUAGAACUUUUUACCACUAAGGAAAAGUUAGGUGCCGAGGAUCCUUGGUAUUGCCCAAAUUGCAAGGAACAUCAGCAAGCAACCAAAAAGUUAGAUCUAUGGUCUUUGCCUCCGGUUCUUGUGGUGCACUUGAAACGCUUUUCAUAUAGUAGAUACAUGAGAGAUAAACUGGAUACCUUAGUUGAUUUUCCUGUUAGUGAUCUAGACAUGUCAAAGUUCCUCAUCAAUCCAAAUGCUGGCCCUUGUUGCUACAACCUUAUUGCUGUAUCAAACCACUAUGGAGGAAUGGGAGGUGGUCAUUACACAGCCUUUGCAAAAAAUAAAGAUGAUGGGAAAUGGCAUUAUUUUGAUGACAGUAGCGUUUCCACUGCAUCUGAAGAUCAAAUAGUGUCCAAAGCAGCAUACGUUUUAUUUUAUCAACGGCAAGAUACUAUUAGUGGGACUGGCUUCUUCCCUCUAGACAGAGAAAUCAAGCAAGGUGCGUCAGCUGCCACUGGUGCCCCAUUGGAGAGCGACGAGGAGACGAAUGAGAAUGAAAACGACAUAGAGAAUGAAAACUGUAUGCAUACCAACUAAAUGAAAGGGGCCUAUGAUCACCUUCAAUAAGAUAAAAUAGUCGCCAUUUUUUCUUUACCAAAAUGAAGAAGGGGAAUCUCAGCUGGCAGAAUGUAAACUUCUUGAGUGUUUUGUUGUAUUUUUUUCUACAUUUUUUUUUUUUUUUUAUUGCAGAAAAGUGCAAUGUAAAGUAUGAACAAUCUCUCCUCCAAGUAGACUUGUUUCUGCAAGCUAUUCAUAAUUUAAAGAGAUACAAAAAUUGUCAUAUUUGCUGCUUUUGCUAGAUUAAUCUAUUACAUGACAUCUCUUAAAUCCUCAAGGGCUCCCAGUACUGGAUGAUAAAUGUAAGGCAUGUGAUCUGCGGAGGCCCUUGAGGGUAGGAAGAGUGAUAGAUACUGUGUUAUCAGUUACUCUGGUGUUUAUUUAUACAAUAUUUUUCUUUUAGUUUAAUUUCCAAGGCCGAGCUGGAGCCCCUUUUGAUGUUUUUGUUAUGCUUAAUAUCUAGUUUAGUUAUUUAUAGUAUAUAUUUACUUAAUGUCUUUGAAUCACUCUGGAAUUGAUUUAAACCACUUACCAUCGAAAGAAUGAAAAGGGGGGAUAGCAAAGGUGUUUUAGCCUUUUGAGAUAUAGUUUCCAGUUUAUUUAAAGCAGUGUAAAUGAUUUUGGAGUUCACAAUGCUGUGUUAAUGAGUUUGGAUUGAAUGUAAGUUUCCCUUGUCACUUGUUGAAUUUCUGUUAUAUCUCCUUAAAACUGGUUCAUUUUCUUAUUUUUUGUCAGCCAAGUGUUCAACUUUGUGUUGCGAGUUCUACCUAUCCACAUAUUUUAUUUAGGGCACUUGGAGCUUCGGCAGGACACUGUAAAUGUAAAAAAAAAAAGACCAUCUGUAAUGGCACUCUGUGCCACUGACCGACUAUGGAAUAAUUUUAUUGGGAUGAUGUUCUUUUUAGUUCAUAUGACCUUUUACAAGGUUUGACUUCCUAUCCAAGGUAGGUCUGUGGAAUCUAGUGUGUUCCCUUUAAAAGUCACCAUGGCCUUACAACUCAUCUCAAAGGGUAAAUUGUUCUAAAAAUAGAAAAACUGCAUGUUCAAUUAUCAGAACCUGUACUGUGUAUAUUGAAAACAAGCCUUGGAUUUAUUGUUGGCUAACUGCAUUUAAGGGUCCAGGAUGCCAAAAAAAAAAAUAAAAAAAAAUGAAAAGCAUUGAACAUUUUGUAAGACAGGUUGUUUAUUUGCUGCUUUACCUGUGAUCUUGUUUGAAGAAUGUAUUGUUGUUUUGUACACUGCCUGUGAGAGAACUCUGUAAAUGGUGGGACAUGCUUUACAUAUCAACUACCUGAACAUUUUCUUUUCUGUCCCUGCAGAGGAAAACAAAUUAACAGAAAGAGAGAAAAAAAGUAUAAAGUUCUUCACUUGAACCAAUGUAAUAAAAUACAAUAGGUUUUAAAUUGUGUAUUGUAAAUAAAAAAAGUUCACUCUGUGAGUGCACAUUUUGGUAAAUUAUUUUAUUUAUACAUUAGCAUUAAUAAUACAAAUAAAUGUAUAAGACCAGGAGACAUGAGGGUAUGGCUUUGCUCCCUAGCUUGAUAUUAAAGCUGAUGUGAUUAUAUCCUGGUAUUUUAAAGCUGCUUUGUUUUUUAUUUUUUAAUGUCAAAUGUUAACCUUCUGCAUGAUGAAGGUUACAGGUUUGUCUGCACUUUACGUUCACUUGGGUUUACAUUUAAAAUGUGCAUGAUUAAUUUAUUUCUAAGAAUUUAAAUAAAGUUGUUGA